AUGGACAAUUUGGAGAAGCAGCUGAUUUGGCCCAUCUGCCUGGAAACGUUUACUAAACCAGUGGUAAUUUUACCGUGUCAACACAACCUGUGUAGAAAGUGUGCCAAUGAUAUCUUUCAGGUAAUGUAAGCCUGCAAUAACGUAAGUAAUAGCUAGGUAUUUUAGGGUAGACCUAUAGAUUAAACCGUGUUUAAUCUAUAUUAUUUGUUAGUCUAUCUAUAACAACUAGUUUUACUGUAUAUCAGGGAUAUUGUUUUUGUUUGUUUAUUGUCUAGGCCCCUAGGCUAUGUACAGCGGAUUGUCUGCACUGUUCUCAUUUUGUGCUUUAUUUUAACUUGUUGUUGUUGUUUCCCAUGAUCCAAUCCAGUGUUCAAUAACAUAAUAUAAUAUGCCAUUUAGCAGACGCUUUUAUCCAAAGCGACUUAUAGUCAUGCGUGCAUACAUUUAUUUGUGUAUGGGUGGUCCCGGGAAUCGAAACCCACUACCCUGGCGUUACAAGCACCGUGCUCUACCAGCUGAGCUACAACCAUGUCAUUUUGUGUAGCCUCAAAUGUGACUACAGUAUGAGAUAUGAAAUAUUAGGCAUAGACAAUAAUAGGUAUUACAUUUGGUCUACAUUUGACUAUGCCCCUGUCUGUUCUAUCCUGUCUAGGCCUCCAACCCAUACCUCUAAACCAGAGGGGGGUCAGUGACCUCCGGUGGCCGUUUCCGGUGCCUGUCCUGCAGGCACAAGGUGGUCCUGGACCGCCAUGGGGUAUACGGGCUCCAGAGGAACCUGCUGGUGGAGAACAUCAUCAACAUGUUAAAACUGGAGUCCACCAGGUGAGAGAGUCGUAUACUAUAGGAGUCCAAAGGAAAAAUUAUACUUCCGGUGUCUGUACUUCACUUUCCAGCCAAGGUACAUGAACAGAUGAGCAAACUGGGGGGGAAACCAUUUUCUCCAUGUACUCAUUAGCUUGUUACAGUACAGUACUUGUUACAGUAAUAAUUUAAAAUAGUAAUUAUAAAACAAGUAGCCACUGUCUCAGACACACACCACCUCCACCAUCACCAUCACUACCACCACCACCACCCACUACCACCACAACCAUCACUCCACCACCACCACCACCACACAUCACUUCACACCACCCCACUUCACCACCACCCAUCACACCACCACCACACACAUCACCCACACUACACGACCACCACACACCAUCACUACUCACCACCCCACCACACACCACACCCUCACUACCACCACCUCACUACCACCACCAUCACACCACCACCCACCCCAUCACUCCCCACACCAGCACCACCACCCCAGCACACCCCUAACCAGCAACACCACCACCCCAUCCACUACUCCACCAACUCACACCACCACACCAUCACUACCACCAACCACCCAUCAUACCACCACCACCUCCACUACUACCGCACCACACCAAACCACCACUACCACCACCACACUACCACCACCACCAUCACCACGACACCACCAUCACUACACCACACCCACCACCUCACAUACCACCACCACAUCACUACUACCACACCCACACCACCAUCCACCACCACACACCCACCACCCCCAAACACCAACCACCCAACCCGUACCACACCACAUACGCCACGACCACACACCACACUACCACCAUCAUCACCACCAUCACCUCCACCUCACAAUUCCAUCACUACCACCAUCACCAUCACUCCCACCACCACCAUCCUAACACCAUUCAUCACUUACUACCACCCACCAAACCACAUCACUACGACCACCACACACCAUCACUACUACCUACCACUACCCACACCCUCACUACUAUCACUUAACCACUAACCAUCACACCACCACCACCACCUCACUACUACCACUAAACUACACACCAACACACAUCACACCACCACCAUCAUCUCCCCACCACCCACCACCAUCACCACCCACCCCCACCAACACAACCACUACUACCCACCAACUCACCAACCCACCACCAAUCACUACCACUACCACGACCAACCCACCUCCCACACCCCCACCUCCACUACACACCAACACCACCCUCACCAACCACCCCACCCCACCACACCUACUAACUACCACCACCCACCAAUCAUCUACUACCUACCAUCCUACUACCCCACCACCACUACCCCCACUCACCUCCUACCAUAACAGGCACAACUUGCAUUAUCCUACUGUACCACAGACUAAAUACAAACAUCCAGUUACUCAAUUUUGUGAGUUUCGGCGAAGAUGCAUUUCUAUGUGUAAUUACCUUAUCCUUACCUUAUUCACUCAUCUUGUUACAUUACCAGGCUCUAAGACUACUUCCAAUAUGUCCGUGAAUUACUUACAAGAAGACGGAACAGUGAACUGUAAAAGUAGGUCAGUUAGGGCAUUGAACAGUGAAAUAUGAAUUAUAAUGAUAGCAAUGUGAGAUUUUCUUCUCUGAAAAACUACAUACAACCUACAUUGAAAACAUGUUGAAACUCCAGUUUUGAAACUCCAGUGUUGAAAUGUGUUAUUUUUCCUGAGUCCUCACUACAUGACCUGGCACCUGACCAAGACAAAGCUGGGCCCCGAUCUUUACUGGUCAUCUCAUGUCCUCUGGAAAAACUCCUGGUGCCACUCGUACUGAAUGUUUUCUACAAUAUUAACUACUAUUCUCGCCGGCUCUGUCGUAGCCGGCCGUGACCGGGAGACCCAUGGGGCGGCGCACAAUUGGCUAAGCGUCGUCCAGGGUAGGGGAGGGAAUGGCCGGCAGGGAUGUAGCUCAGUUGGUAGAGCAUGGCGUUUGCAACGCCAGGGUUGUGGGUUCGAUUCCCACAGGGGGACAGUAUAAAAAAAUAAAAUAAAAAAAUAAUGUAUGCACUCACUAACUGUAAGUCGCUCUGGAUAAGGGCGUCUGCUAAAUGACUAAAAUGUAAAUGUUGUGUACCAGUAUUCCAGGCUGCCUUAUAAAGACACAUGGUGGCUGGUGAACGUGACUAGUAGUAGAUCAUAAAAUAGUGUUGAUAAAUAAAUAAAUAAAUACAGUAGAUGACGUCCUUCAAUCAGAUGUUCUCCCUCCAGGAGCCACAGCGAUGACAACAGCUGGAGCUUAAUACAGUCAAGGAAGUAUGUAGAUCACAAACAUCACAUUUACAUGAAGGAUUACUGUUUAUAUUUAACUCCCGCUAGCUAAAAUGAGCUAAGUGUCAGCGUUUUGUAGUGAGAGUGUCAUCUUAUCUUUGAUGUCUGCUGCUAUAAGAAUACAUGGGAUGAAUGCGUUGCUUUGAAGAAUAGGAACCCUGAGGCAAUGUAAUCUAGCUCUCUACUGUCCUUUCACCCGACAUCACGCUUAACGCUUUAGACUUUAUUUAUGAGACAAAACUCUUUCUCUCGACAUAGAGAGGAGUGGAAUGGAGGUGAGGGGUGCUCUGUGUGUUUGAGGACAUUCACUAGCUCGAUAGAGAAGAAGAGGGACACUUGCUUAUUGUGUAUUUUUUAGUGCUUAAAGCACUCAACCGCUGGUGCCCUUAUUAACCCAUGGUCCCACAGUGAGUCAGAGGGGUGAUUUGGUUGAUAGGAGGUUUCUGGUCCGAGUCACACAAUGAUAUACUCCCAGCCGACGUGUGUGUGUGUGAGUGAGUGUGUGUGUGUGUGCGUGCGCGCAUUGGGAGGAAGGGUGACUAAUAACUAAGGUAUGCCACACGCAGCACUCCAUUUAGAUACUGUUUGUACAGAUGCUUAGGAUGUGACGUUACCUAACAUGACCUUAUGACUGAAUGAUGGGGUGUUCAGUUAUCAUGGGCAGGCAGCCUGAAUCAUAACAGCCAGUGGAAGGAAACUGAUCAGGAGAGGAAGCCACUAAACUAUUACAGUAAGAUGCACCCCUAGUGUUGGAAGUCUCAGCAUGUCUCCUUCCCCCCUCCACCAGCGGCCCCAGAGAGGACGGAGGAGCGGGCCAUGUGCCAAGAGCACGAGGACGAGCAGAUCAACAUCUACUGUGUGACCCACAGCGUGCCCACCUGCUCCAUGUGCCAGGUGUUUGGAGCCCACAAGGACUGUGAGGUGGCGCCGUUCAAAAGCACCUACCAGACACAGAAGGUGAGGACCUAACUGUCUGCUGUAUGCUCCUGACUGAUGUAGGAAAAUAUUCAUCUUCUUCAAGAGAUGUACAGUAGGUCAAAUGGGACAGUUGCCUCCUGCGCAUAUGUCAGUGCAUUGCAACUCGCUCAGUGACUGAUUCGUUUUGGCUCCGUGUGUGUGUGUGUGUGUGUGUGUGUGUGUGUGCUGCGGCCCCCAGACUGAGUUGACUGACGGGAUAGCGAUGAUGGUGGGGAACAACGACAGGAUCCAGGGCAUCAUCAGUCAGUUAGAGGAGACCUGCAAGACCAUAGAGGUGACUGGCUCAGUGUGGCAGCACCUGUCUCUGUCUGUCGCUCACUCACACAGCCAGCCAACUGAAACCAGGAUGUUACUGUAUUCAGCCCCCCCCCCCCGCCCCCAUAAAAAAAUGAGAUCGAAGUCUGUUUGUUUCUAUCACCCACAAAACUAAACUAAUACGGUUACAGAGACACACAUACCAAGAAACACACAAAGUAUUCUGCCUUUUCUCUCUCACACUGAGAAACCAGGAGGAUAAUUGAUGUGGAGAGAGCGGACACCCAUGAUGUACACACACAGGCACACACACACACACACACACUGGAGUUGAUGAGCUAGUAACAACUGUACUGGGGAGGAAGCUGGAGCGGCUCCAGUCCCUUCUGUGUCACCCGUGGUGGUGUUACCCAGGAUUGCCAUGCAGAGCUGGGUCAUGUUCACUAGGCACGGAAAGGGAGAAAAUGCUUUUGUGUGUGUGUCCGUCCAUGUGUGUGUGGUUUCCUGCGCACAGGAGAAUGUCAGGAGGCAGAAGUCCCAGUUGUGUGAGAAGUUUGACCAUCUGUACUCCAUCUUGGAGGAGAGGAAGAGGGACUUAAGUUCUAAGGUGGCGGCCGAGCAGGAAGAGAAGCUUAACUACAUCCGUGGUUUAACCAUGAAGUAUAAAGAGCACCUGGAGCUGAGCUGUAAGACCGUAGAGACAGGCAUACAGACCAUGGAGGAACCAGAGAUGGCCGUCUUCUUACAGGUGACUGACACAAACACUCUCCCUCAACAUUCAGGCUUGAAUCCUGAUUCAACUUUUCACAUAAAUCAGGAAACCCUUUCCAUUUCUUUGUUUUACCGACUGUAAAAUACUUCCUUAAAAGGUGAGUACACAUGUUGAUGGAACAAAGUGUAUUUCAUGUACCAUAUUAUGUACAUAUCUCUGAAAACUAUACACAAUAAGGUAAAGCCUGACUCUCUCCCUGUGUGUGUGUGUCAGGAUUGGGGAGGCGUCGAGCACCUCCCACCUGGAGAAGAUGGAGCGUGGAUAUGAGGCGAUGGAUCACUACACUGUUAACUUCUGGAGAGAGGGCAGGGCCCUGCAUAGCAUUGACUUCAUCUCAGGUAGGAAGAGGAAGAGUUGGUAGUGAAGCAUCUUAUUGUCUCUUUCUGUCUGCCCCUGCAGGGUGGGGCGCAUCUCAAUUGUCUUGUGUGGUUUCCUUUCCUUGUUUCCGGGCUGUCAUCUUUAUUGAUCUGAAAACAGGCUAGGUGAAAGUUAUAUUAAGCUUUCCAUGGGCAGUGUAUGUAGUUCUUGCUUUGCUGUUUGUCAGACAUUUAUCUCUCACUUCCAUAUCCCUCUGUCUGUAGAUGACGAAGAUGAGUGUGAAGAGGUAGAUGGGGGGGAGGCAGAGGAGGAGCCUCAACAGUCUGAGUUUACAUAUAUACAGUAUCUCAUAAAAGUGAGUACACCCCUCACAUUUUUGUAAAUAUUUGAGUAUAUCUUUUCAUGUGACAACACUGAAGAAAUGACACUUUGCUACAAUGUAAAGUAGUGAGUGUACAGCUUGUAUAACAGUGUAAAUUUGCUGUCCCCUCAAAAUAACACAACACACAGCCAUUAAUGUCUAAACCGCUGGCAACAAAAGUGAGUACACCCCUAAGUGAAAAUGUCCAAAUUGGGCCCAAAGUGUCAAUAUUUUGUGUGGCCACCAUCAUUUUCCAGCACUGCCUUAACCCUCUUGGGCAUGGAGUUCACCAGAGCUUCACAGGUUGCCACUGGAGUCCUCUUCCACUCCUCCAUGACAACAUCACAGAGCUGGUGGAUGUUGGAGACCUUGCACUCCUCCACCUUCCGUUUGAGGAUGCCCCACAGAUGCUCAAAAGGGUUUAGGUCUGGAGACAUGCUUGGCCAGUCCAUCACCUUUACCCUCAGCUUCUUUAGCAAGGCAGUGGUCGUCUUGGAGGUGUGUUUGGGGUCAUUAUCAUGUAGGAAUACUGCCCUGCGGCCCAGUCUCCGAAGGGAGGGGAUCAUGCUCUGCUUCAGUAGGUCACAGUACAUGUUGGCAUUCAUGGUUCCCUCAACGAACUGUAGCUCCCCAGUGCCGGCAGCACUCAUGCAGCCCCAGACCAUGACACUCCCACCACCAUUCUUGACUGUAGGCAAGACACAUUUGUCUUUGUACUCCUCACCUGGUUGCCGCCACACACGCUUGACACCAUCUGAACCAAAUAAGUUUAUCUUGGUCUCAUCAGACCACAGGACAUGGUUCCAGUAAUCCAUGUCCUUAGUCUGCUUGUCUUCAGCAAACAGUUUGUGGGCUUUCUUGUGCAUCAUCUUUAGAAGAGGCUUCCUUCUGGGAUGACAGCCAUGCAGACCAAUUUGAUGCAGUGUGCGGCGUAUGGUCUGAGCACUGACAGGCUGACCCCCCCACCCCUUCAACCUCUGCAGCAAUGCUGGGAGCACUCAUACGUCUAUUUCCCAAAGACAACCUCUGGAUAUGACGCUGAGCACGUGCACUCAACUUCUUUGGUCGACCAUGGCGAGGCCUGUUCUGAGUGGAACCUGUCCUGUUAAACCACUGUAUGGUCUUGGCCACCGUGCUGCAGCUCAGUUUCUGGGUCUUGGCAAUCUUCUUAUAGCCCAGGCCAUCUUUAUGUAGAGCAACAAUUCUUUUUUUCAGAUCCUCAGAGAGUUAUUUGCCAUGAGGUGCCAUGUUGAACUUCCAGUGACCAGUAUGAGGGAGUGUGAGAGCGAUGACACCAAAUUUAACACACCUGUUCCCCAUUCACACCUGAGAACUUGUAAUACUAAUGAGUCACAUGACACCGGGGAGGGAAAAUGGCUAAUUGGGCCCAGUUUGGAAAUUUUCACUUAGGGGUGUACUCACUUUUGUUGCCAGUGGUUUAGACAUUAAUGGCUGUGUGUUGUGUUAUUUUGAGGGGACAGCAAAUUUACACUGUUAUACAAGCUGUACACUCACUACUUUACAUUGUAGCAAAGUGUCAUUUCUUCAGUGUUGUCACAUAUCAAAUAUUUACAAAAAUGUGACGGGUGUACUCACUUUUGUGAGAUACUGUGUGUAUAUAUGUAUAUAUAAAAAAUAUGCUAACAAGGUUUGGUUUUUUCCAAAUUAGAUGUGGCUAAUUUUAGCGUCCCCUCAGACUGCCGUUGUAGCAGCAGUGCUGUAUUUCUUUAAUGAAGUUGGCAAGAUGCCACCGUCUGAACUACAUCAUUAG